CUCUGCUAAUCACUAGGGGUGCGCAGGUUUCCUUGUAUGACGCAAAAAUUGUGCGACAAUCCAGGCAGCUUCACCAUAGCAUGGACCACAUGACCUUUUGAUACAAACAUUUAAUUGUAUAACCUGAAAUGGAUUUUUAAGAGGAUAAAGUCUAAUAUAUAACAACCACGCUUCUUGCACAUUCACAAUGCUUCGUAUAUCUGUAAUGGCGUGUAGCAGAGGCGUCGCUAAAAGGUUCAUGUCAUCAAUGCCUGGAGAGAGUUCGUUACCUUCAAAUUUACGGCUUCCCUCAAACCUCGUGGAUCCCUCAAGAACAAAACGCCCCCCACCGCCCGCAGACUCCUCCCUGCCCAUCAUCAGAACAUGUGACUCGUCUGUCCCGGCCCACCUGAGCCCGCUCCUUACCUGGGUGGAGUCCUUGGCAGCCCAGCAGGGAGACCCCGUGGGCCUAGCCCAGCUACACCCAGACGUGUUCGCCGUGCCAUCCAGGCUGGACAUCCUCCACCAGGUGGAGGUGUGGCAGAGGAGCUACAAGAGAAUAAGUUACGCAAACACCAAGGUGAGGUCAGAGGUCAGGGGCGGUGGGAGGAAACCAUGGCGACAGAAGGGCAGCGGGCGCGCUCGUGUUGGCAGCAUCCGAUCGCCGUUGUGGAGAGGAGGGGGUGUGUCCCAUGGCCCUCGGGGACCCACCAGCUACUACUACAUGCUGCCCAUGAAGGUGCGCGUGAUGGGCCUCAAGGUGGCGCUGAGCUCCAAGCUGGCUCAGGACUAUCUCUACGUGGUGGAGUCUCUGGACCUGCCCACACCAGACCCCCAGUACAUCCUGGACCUCCUCAGACAGAGACACUGGGGGCAGUCGCUGCUCAUCGUAGACGCAUGUGACGAGCUUCCAGAAAACCUUCUGCAGGCCACCGCCAACCUCAAGACGGUCAACAUCAUCCCAGCCAUCGGGCUGAACGUGCACAGCAUGCUGAAACACGAGGCCGUGGUUCUGACGCUGGCCGCCGUGCGCUUCCUGGAGAGCAAGCUGCUGUGGCACGACGAGCGCUACACCCCCCUGUACCCCUUCAAGAUGCCCUACUCAGACCUCCCUUGACCCGCCAACAUGUUAAAUUAAACAAUCCAGUGUCAGUCAUGUCUUUAAUACAUUUGUGUGAAUAAAUAAACCAUGUGCUUAUAAAAACAGUAUAAAAGGUGGGUGUGUUUUUAAAAGCGGUAGUUUUGUUUGGGCGGAAGCAGUCCGUUGGCGAGGUCGUUCCUGACCUCCCAGCGCAGAGCCGAGCGUUUUUUGUCCGUGGGGACGAUGUAGGAGUUGGGUAUGUAGGCCCGCCGUGGCCGCGCCUAACAGAGGAGGACACGUUUAGAUGAACAGUACAGGGCUUGACUACCAAGAACAGGUUGCCUUCAUCAAAUUGAAACCUAU